CCUCAGCAGAUGUUACUGGCAGGAGUCCUCGCGUGCAUGUUGCUUGCCGGCAACAGCGGCGCCGAUAAGUUGCAGCAGGGGCAGGAAGGCCCAUCAAAUCUCGAGAAAACUGAACUAAGGGAAAAACUGAUCUUCUACAGGACCUCAACCACCGUUACUUUCAACGUUAUCUCAACCUUCACAACCGUCAUUCCCUUGACCUGUUACAAGAGUAAUACUAAUGCAUGCCAAGGGAGAAAACUUCGCCGCAUGAAAAGCACCAGCGGUGACUUUGAUAAGCUUCUCAACAAGGCUACACUGGACAGCUCUGUUACAGAGGAACUGACACCUGAGAAAGAAACAGUCGAUCUUGGAGACAACCCUAAGUUCCUGACAGUAUGGAAAAGCACCACCACUACUUAUACUGUCACUACCACUUCAUACAACAGAGGUUUAACUGUCUCUGCUUCUGCUUACUGCACUUAUACAGGUUUCAGUGGACCAAUUUGCUGAGCCUUUGGGAUAGUUUGGCAUUGUUUUUGCUUCAUCUUGACUUCUUUUGACAUGGAUAAUGAUUCAUAGUUCUACAGCAGCAAAGUGUUUGAUUUUAUGCAAAAUAGUGUGUGUUUAUAAUGACCCUUGGAAUAUUUGUAAUUUAUGAAAUAAAUUAGGAUUAUAA